AUGUUGAUCCAGGUGUGCCUAUAUUUUUACUGUAAAUUUUUGUGGCGCUGCAUGAAGUUUGUGAUGCGGAAGCUCACCGGAAGGUGUGAACUGCAAAGGAUUUGCUACGGCACCAAACCUGGAGCUUCCAGAACCAUGAAAAUUGAAACGUCACUGAGGGAUUCAAAAAGCAAGCUGUUGCAGACAUCAGUGAGUGUUCAUCCUGAUGCUAUUGAAAAGACUAUUGAUGACAUCAUGGAAUUGAAACAAAUUAACCCUGACAUCAAUCCACAGUUGGGAAUCUCUCUCCAGGCUUGCCUUCUGCAAAUUGUGGGUUACAGAAACCUUAUUGCAGAUGUGGAAAAACUGCGCAGAGAGCCCUAUGAUUCCGACAACCCGCAGCAUGAAGAGAUGCUUCUGAAGCUAUGGGAGUUCCUGAAGCCCAACACUCCACUGGAGUCUCGGAUUUCUAAGCAGUGGUGUGAGAUUGGCUUCCAAGGAGAUGAUCCGAAAACAGAUUUCCGAGGAAUGGGUCUCCUGGGACUUUACAACUUGCAAUAUUUCGCAGAACGGGAUGCCACUGUGGCUCAGCAGGUUCUCUCCGACUCUGUUCAUCCAAAAUGCAGGGAUAUCACUAAGGAGGAAAUAAGCAAAUUUAGCAAAACAGAAUGGGAAAAGAAAAAGAUGGAUAAAGCAAUCGGGUACUCCUUUGCAAUUGUGGGCAUCAAUAUCACUGACCUGGCAUAUAAUCUACUCGUGAGCGGCGCUCUAAAAACACAUUUCUACAACAUCGCCCCCGAAGCUCCGACACUGUCUCACUUCCAACAAACAUUCUGCUAUUUGAUGCACGAGUUUCACAAGUUUUGGAUUGAAGAGGAUCCCAUGGACAUAAUGGAAUUUAAUCGUGUGCGGGAGAAAUUCCGCAAGAGGAUCAUAAAACAGCUGCAGAACCCAGAUAUGGCGCUGUGCCCACAUUUUGCAGCAUCUGAAGGCUUAAUCAACAUGUAG